AAAGUAACGAAUCUGACUAGUUAGGAAGGUAGAGCCGUUAGGUUAUAUACCACUUCUAUAUAAAGUAGUCCUUUGCAUGCAAAGACUCCGCACAACAAAAACUAGCUCUUAAACAUUUCUCUCCCCUACGAACUUGCUUUCUUAACAUGACAAUAUUUUCAGUUUUCGCAAUCUUGAUUUUUUCUUUGUUCCUUCUUGUCUCUCCAGGGGUGCAUGGCUUGACCGAAUCUGAAAUAAGAUCAUGGUGCAGCCAAACACCUCAUCCCGACUCUUGCGAGUACCUCUUCGCCGGUAAACCGAAUUUAGGCCCGAUAAAGCAAAAACCUGAUUUCAUCAACGCGAUAUUGAAACUCACCCUAGAGAAAGCUUCAAAUGCCGAGGUGAAUACUCGAUCGCUUGGAGGGAAAUGCCGCAACAAGCAUGAAAAGGCUGCAUGGCAAGAUUGCCUAGAGCUUUACGAAACCACUGUUCAUAGGAUCAACAUGACUAUUGAUCCUCAAAGGAAGUGUAGCCAGGUUGAAAGGCAGACCUGGCUUAGCACAGCUCUUACGAAUCUCGAGACCUGUAAGACAGGAUUCGAGGAGGUGGGUAGCGGUGAAUACUUGUUACCAUUAAUGAACAAUAAUUUAUCCGCCUUAAUUAGCAAUACAUUGGCAAUGAACAAAGGAGGAUCUACACAAAACUACGAGCCUAGAUAUCGGAAAGGUUUUCCUACUUGGGUAAAGCCCGGUGAUCGGAAGCUAUUACAAUCAUCAAACCCCGCUCCAAACGCUAACAUUGUGGUGGCUCAAGACGGUUCUAGUGGUUAUAAGACCAUCGGAGCUGCUAUAGCGGCUGCAAAGUCAGGGUAUGUUAUAUAUGUUAAAGAAGGCACUUACAAUGAAAUAGUUCAGAUUGGAUCCAAAUUGAACAACAUAAUGCUAGUAGGAGAUGGGAUUGGAAAAACUAUCAUAAGCGGUAGUAAAAGUGCUGGAGGAGGUGCUACCUCUUUUAGUUCAGCUACCUUCGCAAUUGUAGGAGAUGGAUUUAUCGGUCGUGGUAUCACUAUUAGAAACACAGCAGGGCCACAAAACCAUCAGGCGGUGGCCCUUCGUAGUGCUUCUGAUCUAUCGGUGUUCUAUCAAUGCAGCUUUGAAGGCUACCAAGAUACACUCUACGUUCUCUCGAACAGACAGUUUUAUAAAGAAUCACAAGGUCGGACUGACCCAAAUCAAAACACGGGAAUUUCGAUCCAUGAUUCUCGUGUCGCGGCUGCUUCAAGCCUAAGUGGGGUUAAAACUUAUCUUGGUAGACCGUGGAAGGAAUAUUCGAGGACUGUUUACCUCAAAACGUACCUUGAUAGUAUAGUGAACCCAGCGGGUUGGUAUCCUUGGAGUGGUAAUUUCGCGCUUAAUACGUUGUAUUAUGGAGAGUAUAUGAACACGGGCCCUGGUUCAUCGACUGCUAAUAGGGUAAAAUGGAAAGGCUACCAUGUUAUCACAAGCGCCACAGAGGCGUCAAAGUUCGACGUCCAGAAUUUCAUCAGCGGUGGAUCUUGGUUGCCGCCAACCGGCGUUCCCUUCACUUCUGGCCUUUAA